AUGCAGGACUGUGUAACAGGUCUGCGUAGGGAGGGCUACACGGUGCAGGUGAAUGUGAACGACUACCUGGACAUCUACUGUCCCCACUACAAUGACAGCCAGCGCGUGGUUGGCACCGGGGAGCAGUACAUCCUCUACAUGGUCAGCUACCGUGGUUACAGGACCUGUGACCCCCAGCUGGGCUUCAAGAGGUGGGAGUGUAACCGCCCCCACGCACCAAUCAAAUUCUCAGAGAAGUUCCAACGCUACAGCGCCUUCUCCCUGGGCUACGAGUUCCACGUGGGUCAGGAGUAUUACUACAUAUCUACACCCACUCAUCACCACGGUCGCAGCUGUCUCAGACUGAGAGUUUAUGUCUGCUGCUCCACAGAACCAGGACAUCCAGAAACAGACUACACACUCAGACCAGACAUCAAAAUCCAGGACAUCGAUGAUUUUAACCCUGAGAUUCCUAAACUGGAGAAGAGUGUCAGUGGAAGCAGCCCAUCCAGGGAUCGCCUACUCAUCACCAUAGCGACGCUCCUUCUCGCUGCCAUCACCAUCUCCUAGCAACGGCCAUCCCAUCAGUAUCACCAUGCCAACCAGCCAUGGGAGGGCUUGGGCAGGAGGGGUGAAGGAUGAGGAGGACUGAGGAUUUGGGGGAAAGGGGACAGGAGAUUAAGGGAACAUGGAAAAUGGAGAGUUAGAAGACCUUCUGAAUGACAUUGGUUGACAAGGUGUGUGUGUGUGUGUGUGUGUGUGUGUGUGUGUGUGUGUGUGUGUGUGUGUGUGUGUGUGUGUGUGUGUGUGUGUGUGUGUGUGUGGUGUUGUGUGUGUGUGUGUGUGUGUGUGUGUGUGGACUGGUGUUGGUGUGUGAAGUGAAGGAGGGAAGUUGGAAGGCUUCUUUGUGUGUGGUGUGUGUGUGUGUGUGUGUGUGUGUGUGUGUGUGUGUGUGUGUGUGUGUGUGUGUGUGUGUGUGUGUGUGUGUGUGUGUGUGUGUGUGUGUGUGUGUGUGUGUGUGUGUGGACUGGUGUUGGUGUGUGAAGUGAAGGAGGGAAG